GUGUGUACUCAAUCAAAAUUUAUAGUUUUUAUUCAUAUCGCAUUGCAUUGAUGGAAAAUAAAUGUCUCUGCAUCGACCAAUAGUUUUGGAUUUCCCACAAACCAGCAAUAAAAAGAUGAGCCCGUCAAAAAAAAAGAAGAUGUCGCAAGGUUUAACCUCGCUACAGGGCGGCUCCAACAAGGUGUUCAUACAACGCGAUUAUAGCGAAGGCACCUCGGUCAAAUUCCACACUCGACUCCCCAGCGAAUUGGAAGGCCUGGUUGAGCGACAGGUUUUCGAGUCGACCAUCAAUAGAUUGAAUGAAUUUUUUGCGGAGGCUGAGAAAGGCUCUUGCAGUACAUAUUGUGAGGGUUGUAUUGGUUGCAUUACGGCGUAUCUAGUGUACAUGUGUUCCGAAACGCACUAUGAAAAGACGCUACGGAAAAUAUCCAAAUUCAUUGCUUCCCAAAAUGAGCGCAUAUACAAUCCAAAAGGUUUGCAAGUCAUCGACCCAACCUACCGUGGUUUACGUGUUAUAGAGAUAUCUGUGUUAGAUCGUCCAGGACGAACGUGACUUCCGCUUUCCCAUUCGACCGAAGAGUUCUUCAUGUGAAAUGAACUGUGAACACGAUUUGUUACACGAAAAAGAUUCGCUCCGUUCUUCACAUAAUGAUAAUUAUAAUAUGUUAUAGCAUUUUCUAAGCUGUAUUGGAUUAGUAUGAAAGCCAACUUUAGUUUAAUGUUUUUAGUUACACCUAACUGUAAUUGUGUAUAACUAAUAAAAUUGAGCUAGUGUAACCUGCAAA